AUGGGAAAUCAGGUCGGCACCAUGGAGAUUCAGUUGGAGGGAGAGCGACCCGGUGGAAGAGAGAAGUACUUUCAAGCAGGGUCUGAUAUACGUGGCCGAAUUGUUGCCAAGAUGAACUCACAAACGGCAAUGCAUUUCCAGGGCAAUCUCAAGUUACAUUUCUUUGGAGAGGAGCUUGCCAUCAUUGGCAGUGGAAACAUCACGGGCGCGCCGUCCUCAUUUGAGGAACGUCAAAUUGGUUUAGGGUCGGAAUACCAGUCCAGAAAUGGUUGCUCUAUUACCUACUACUUGAGGGUCCUGCAAGAUGGAAAGAUCCUGUCCCAGAGAACUGUAGUAGGAAGAGGCAGCCCCAAGCCUCAAGAACUCAUCCCCGCAAGGAUAUCGCCACAGCUGCAUCAUGUUAGUGGAUUCUUUGGCCUGAAGGGCGGAUCUCUUCGCAUCACCGCCCGGAUUCCAGAUGUUCAUAUAGGACGAGGCAAAGCCUUGCAAGUAUUCAUCGCCUGCACCAAUCGAAGUGGAGUCACUAUUCAAUCCGUUCAAAUCAAACUCAAGGAAGUCGUCUCAUGGAGAGCCCCCCCUCAUGUACUCUCUGAAAACCGUGCCAGAGAAAAGAAAGUCAAAAUCACUCGCCUCCAUAUUAACGAUAUUGAUCUGCCAGGAAUCCAGAAGCAGUCUCGCAACUCAAUGCCGUCUCUCGACAUUAUUGACGAGAUCUACCAGCUUCUGCAAAAAGAAGAGAAUAGGGAAAUUGUAAUGGUCCCAAAAGGCUGUCGCGAAAGCUACAAGAGAGGCAAGGUGGUCACUGUAUCCCACUACUUGUCUAUCACGUUUGUUUGCGCAGGGAAAAAUGCCAAGAUCAAAAUCCCAGUGACAGUCGCUGACGAGAUGCAACCAGGACACUUGAAUCCUCCUCACACUCCCCCCACCGACAUUGUGACUGUCGCUCCAUCGAGAAACAGUCCUACUGUAGCGGCCAGUGCGCCACCCACGGUGGUAGCCACUGCCAUUAGUGCUGGACAGCAAGGAACAUCAUCGCUCAACAUUCUUCAAGCAACUGCAGUCCCAUCCACUCCAAGGGCUUCUGCACCUCCUGCGCUUGCCACGGCCCUAUCCACUGAAUCCAUUGACUUUGAUGUACCUUUGGCGCAGGUCUUGUUGAUACCCAGCGAUACUGACUCCUUUCGAGCACCAUCGGUAACAGCCCCCCUCACGGCUAUGAGACUGGGAGGAGAUGUGAUCGUGUUGGAAAACUAUUCCAGCGAUGCCGAUAGUCAGGACGGUGACUUUGUCGCUGAAGAAUCUUCCCCAGAUGUCUCAUGGGAAGGGUUAAGGAGAGAACUCCAUCGUUCCCUCGAAGACUACACGCUGCUGGUACAAAAAGCAACUGACCCACAAUGGAUCCCUUUUCUUGCCUCUCUCACACCCGAACAAUACGCCACUGUGAUUCUGCUAACCGAUGUCGAACCCGAUCAAAUCAAAGUGGCCGAGCUGCUGGCUCGUCACAUCAAAACCCACAACCCCAACCGGUGUUUACAUGUGAGCACGCAAUUGCAGGUUUCGAAAGUGUAG